AUGGGGGUGGUCACGGCAUUCGGCAUGGCCAAGGAAGGGGAGCCUUCCUACGAGCAGUUCUCGUACCUGUACGGCAUCACCAAGUCAAAGAGUGCCGAUCAUGGGGGUUGGGUACAGGCCAACUGUCUCCAGGCUUCCGAGCAAGGCCAUUUUGUGAGCAUCGUGCCGACUUCCCAGAAGUCUAGGAGGAAUCGGCGGGUGCUUCUAUCUGGUGAUUGGGAAUCGUCAUUGGUACAGCCUAUUCGAUUCCACAUCCCAACCACCUUCCAAAUAGCCGGCAAACUGAAGCAUCCGAGCCCUACGCAGUCUGAGAUUCAGCAGAUUGACAGAGUGAGGUUGAAGGUUCCCGCCGUUGAGAGGAUAUAA